GAAGGAAGAAGCUAUUGCCCUGUCAAAACGAUCCGAGGGACUUCGCUCGUGCUAUGCGAGCGGCGACGGACUUAAUGCUGUCGUGCAAGGACUACAUCAUGAAGCUAAACCUAAGCCCACUAAUUCUCAAGGAACACCGACGGCUGUGCAUCGGAAUGCGGAUCUGCUACGCUCAAUUGAGCUACCACAACAGUACCAUCAAUCAACAUCGGAGGUCACUCUGCGAGUGCAUGGAGAAAGGGCUCUAUAUGUGGCAAGCCAUGAAUCCGGAACUGCUCGCCAAGCUGAGACUGAAUGUCGCCAGCCUCGUGAAAGCCGGAAAAACAUGCGCAUACGACUAUUUUCCUCUUGAAGAAAAGUAUGCAUUAGCAGCCCUUACGUAUUUUACGGACUUUAUUUCAGGGUAAAAAGAAUACAAUGGCCAAUAAAA